AUGGCCGGAGGGGGCGAUGGUCCAGCCCGCGGCGCUCGCGUCGUGCUGUGCCCACUGCCGUUCCAGGGCCACCUCAGCCCGAUGCUGCACCUGGCCGAGGCCCUCCACGCGCGGGGGGUCGCCGUCACCGUCCUCCACACGGCGUUCAACGCGCCGGACCCCGCGCACCACCCGGCGGGGCUGGCCUUCGUCGCCGUGCCGGACGUCAUCCCGGAGGCCGUGGCCGCGACGAACAACGGCAUCGCCAAGAUCCUCGCCCUCAACGCCGCCAUGGAGGCGUCGGGGCACGUCCGCGACGCGCUCGCGUCGCUCCUCGCGGAGGAGAGGGAACCGCGGCUGGCGUGCCUCAUCUUCGACUCCACCCUCUCCGCCGCGCAGAACGCCGCGGCUGGCCUCGGGCUGCCCACGCUCGUGCUGCAGACCGGCAGCGCCGCCUGCUUCCGUCUGUUCAGGUCCGACACCUACGACAUGCUCCACGACAGGGGCUAUCUGCCAGCCACAGAGUCCAACCUACACAUGCCCGUGGAGGAGCUGCCACCUCUACAAGUGAGGGACCUGUUUGACCCAAGCAAGCUCCCCAACAAAGAAAUCGUGCACAAGAUCUUGAGUCGUGCCACCGAGACCACAACAAACUCCUCCGGUGCAAUACUCAACACAUUUGAGGCUCUUGAGUCCCACGAGCUUGCGAUGAUCCGGGACGAACUUGCCCACAAAGGUAUUCCACCCUUUGCCGUCGGUCCGCUUCACAAGCUCGUCACCUCUAACGAUGGCGGCGCCGAGACUAGUCUACUCAACCAGGACCGCAGUUGCAUCGAGUGGCUGGACACGCAGGCCCCUGGCUCCGUGCUAUAUGUGAGCUUUGGUAGUGUUGUUCAUGUGACCCAAGACGAGUUUAUGGAGAUGGCUUGGGGCCUAGUGAAUAGCAGCAAGCCAUUUCUAUGGGUGGUUCGGCGUGGCCUCGUGCUUGGAGUGGACAAACAGGAGCUCCCGGAUGGGUUCAUGUCGGCUGUGGAGGGUAGAGGCAAGGUGAUCGAGUGGGCACCGCAACAAGAGGUGCUUGCUCACCCUGCGGUAGGAGGCUUCUGGACUCACAACGGAUGGAACUCCACCUUGGAGAGUAUCUAUGAGGGGGUGCCUAUGCUGUCGAGGCCAAUCUUUGGAGAUCAAUUGCCAACCGGAAGGUACGUGCGCGACAUAUGGAGGAUUGGAAUUUUGUUGGAGGGUGUGCUAGAGCGAGGGGAGGUCGAGAAGGCCAUCAAGAAGCUGAUGGAUGAAGACGAGGGAGUUGAAAUCAGGAGAAGAGCAAAGGAUCUGAAGGAGAAAGUGCGGAUGUGCCUUGACAGCAGUGGGUCUUCUCAACAGGCCGUUGAUAAGCACACAUAUUCCGACAAAUUCCAUCUCUAUCUGUUGACCUCUUAUCGCAACAACCACGCUGCACGCUCUACCGGCCACAGCGCCCAUGGCCGGACAAGACCAUCAGCGCCGCCAGAGAAUCGUGCUGUUCCCACUGCCGUUCCAGGGCCGCAUCAGUCCUAUGCUCCAGCUCGCGGCGCUGCUCCAUGCGCGGGGCCUCGCCGUGACGGUCCUCCACACCGGCUUCAACGCCCCCGACCCCACGCGCCACCCGACCGAGUUCACCUUCGUCCCCAUCCACGAGUCGUUCCCCGCCGAGGUCACCUCCCCCGUGCCGACAUCGUCACGCAGCUCCUGGCCCGGAACGCCGCCUGCGAGGCGCCCUUCCGGGAGUCCCUCGCGCCGCUGCUGCUGCGCUGUGGUCAGGACCAGGACGUCGCGUGCGCGGUGGUCGACGGGCAGUGCUACUCCCCGCUGCGCACGGCGCACCAGCUGGGCGUCCCCGCGCUCGUGCUGCGGACGGACAGCGCCGCCACGUUCCGCAGCAUGCUCGCGUACCCACGGCUGCGCGACGCCGAGGAGAGGCUGGACGACCUGGUGCCGGACCUCGAGCCGCACCGAGCGCGAGACCUGAUCCACGUCGACGGCAGCGACACGGACGUGCUGUGCGGCUUCAUCGGCAGCGUCGCCGACGCCAUGCGCGCCUCGGCGUCCGGCGUCGUCAUCAACACGUUCGAGGGGAUCGAGGCGUCGGAGCUGGCCAAGAUCCAGCGCGAGCUAUCCCGUCCGGCGUUCGCGGUCGGGCCUCUGCACUUGCUGUCCCAGGCAUCGGUGGAGCAGAACCUGCACGCGCCGGACCGCGGCUGCCUGGCUUGGCUGGACGCGCACCCGCCGCGCUCCGUGCUGUACGUGAGCCGGGGCAGCGUGGCCUGCGUCGACCGCGGCGUCUUCGAGGAGAUGGCGUGGGGGUUGGCCGGCAGCGGCGUGCCGUUCCUGUGGGUUGUCCGGCCGGGCAUGGUCAGCGGCGGCGGCGAGGAGGUUCCACCAUUGCCGGACGGGUUCAGCGAGGAGAUCAGGAGCAGGGGCAAGAUUGUCUCAUGGGCGCCACAAAGAGAGGUCUUGGCGCACGCAGCCAUUGGUGCUUUCUGGACGCACUGUGGAUGGAACUCCACGUUGGAGAGCGUCUGCGAAGGCGAUGCUUGUGCAGCCGUGCUUCGCGGACCAGAUGGUGAAUGCGAGAUAUGCCACGCAUGA